AUGAAUAAAGUCAGUGUUCUCAGCACUGAAGAGGAAACCCCCUGUCCCUGUUGGAAGUCCAGAGGCCAGGUCACAGUGACUCAGCCUGGAGCAGUGAGCUCUGCUCUGGGAGGCUCCGUCUCCAUCAGCUGUAGGACCAGUCAGGAUGUUAAUGUUUAUAAUGGAAAACACGAGUUAGCCUGGUACCAACAGAGAGAUGGAGAAACUCCUAAACUGCUCAUUUACGGUGCAACUGAGCUAGAAUCAGGGAUUCCAGAUCGUUUUACAGGCAGUGGAUCAAACUCUGACUUCACUCUGACCAUCAGUGGAGUCCAGACUGAAGAUGCAGCAGUUUACUACUGUUCAUCAGGAGAAAUCAUCCUGACUCAGUCUCCUGGAUCUCAGUCUGUUGCUCCAGGACAGUCUGUCUCUAUCAGAUGUAAAACCAGUUCAACUGCUAGUACUUACCUGCACUGGUACCUUCAGAAACCUGGAGAAUCUCCUAAACUCUUAAUUAGUUAUGCUACAACUCGUCAGACUGGAGUUUCAGACCGUUUCAGUGGAAGUGGAUCUGGAACUGACUUCACUCUGACCAUCAGUGGAGUUCAGACUGAAGAUGGACGAGAUUAUUACUGUCAGCAGUGUAACAGUUUCCCGUUCACACAGUGA